AUGCCAUUUAAUAAUCCAGCAAGACAACUAGGAAGCCUGAGAUUAUUUUCAACAACCCGAACCACCUCUGAUCUCACUCAUGUUGACUCGUCUGGUUCAGCUCAUAUGGUCGAUAUUAGCGAGAAAAAAGAAACUCGAAGAAGUGCAACUGCGAAAGGUGUGAUACGAUUCUCAAACGACCAAGUCGCAACACUAAUCCGCAAUAACCAGCUCAAAAAAGGCGAUGUCCUUAGCGUGGCCAGAAUAGCCGGUAUAAUGGCUGUUAAACUGACCCCUAAUAUUAUUCCAUUAUGCCAUCCCAUUAUGGUGACUAAAAUCAAAAACAACCUCGUCGUCUGCCACAGUGACAACUCAGUCGAAGUCACAUGUACUGUGGAAUGUUUUGGUAAAACCGGUGUGGAAAUGGAAGCCAUGACCGGUGCAAUGGCUUCGCUUACAACUGUCUAUGACAUGUGCAAGGCAGUGGACAAGCACAUGGUCAUUUCUCAGGUCUACAUCUCGGAAAAACGUGGUGGAAAAGCUGACUUCACAUUCGACCCCGCCAACGACUCUACUGCAGACUCCUCUCGUCAGUAG